AUGCCAGAUGAAUAUCGGCAGUAUUUGCAGAAUUAUGAAAAAUUUCUUGCAAAUGGUCAGAAGACUCCAGAAGCCCACACAGCUACUGAAGAUAUAAACGGCUCAGCUGGUGAUGUUAAUGUUGGCACUUGCACUAUGCCGGAGGGUAAUGCCCGGAAACGACGUAGAAUCAAACGAGCCUAUCUCAGAUCGGGAGCUAAAAAAUCAGCCGAGGACUCAACACCGGUUGAAUUUCUAUCAGAAUAUAUUGCCUAUAGCGACUCUUCUGGAUCGGAUUCUGAUGGAACUAGAGACGCUCUCUCGUCCCCGCGCUCCGAUAACAGUUCGUCCUCUAAUGCAGACCAUUGUUCCCCAAAGUCUCCCUCGUCUGCCGUUUUUAUUGGUCCCCUUCCGGCCGAUGACGUCUUGCCUGCGAAACAAUUAGAAGACACUAUUGGCCCGAAACUACCCGACCCCAUAACGGUUGCAGAAGUUUACAGUUGUGAGAAUUUGGAAACCAAACCAAAAAUGGAGCUGGGUGAUCCUGCAAUGACUCAAGAUAUGAACACCUCCGAGCUUAACCGACUUACUCAACUUCUCCUUGAAAAAUUCGCCUUCUUGGAUGUUCACGUGGAUAAGUUCACUCCUAUUCAAUUGUUGUACGUUCAACUUUCUACUCGCUUCGAGGACUGGACUGCUGGGUUUCUGCCAUCUUCGCGGUUUCAUGAAAAGUUGGAGGAAGUUAAUUCCUAUUUGUUGAAUUAUGAGCAAUCUCUUCUUCCUGACGGCUGGUCGUGCAAAUGGGAUAGUGACAACAAACGGUACCUCUACAUUUGCAAGGCGACUGGGGCAAGCCAACACCACUUUCCUCAUCCCCAGCCUCUAAAUGCUGAUAACCACUCGAACUCACUCUUCCUCGCCUACAAGUCCCAAGAAAAUGCUGAUGAGGGCACUCAAGAGCGUUCCAAUCCAGAAAAACCUGCUUCUGUGAGUUUUUUUGUUUUUUAUGUCUCCAUGGAGCUCUUUGCCUACUGGCUCGUGACGACCUUGUGCUUCAACCUAAGGGACUUGCCUGCUUCUAAGGGCAAAUAG